AUGGGGAUUAUAUUAUCAAGAUUUCGCAAGAAAAAGACCACUAUUGAAAUUUUAGAAGAUCUUGAUAUGAAAAUCAAAGAGAUUGAGAGAUAUGGGCUCACUACAGAGCAAAGGCAGAAAAAAAUUGUUGGCACUCUCAUUCUAUACAGUGUGGUACUUUAUAUCAUAUCUGCAUUCAUUUUUUAUUUUUGCUUCUUUCCUGCAUCAUUAUAUGAUCAAAUAUUUUAUAUCAUUCCACUACUGAUCUUUCCCAUUCUAAUAUUGCUUACAAAAAAGCUGGUUACAUGGUAUUAUAGACGUAAAAUCUCUGAAAAUCAAGAAAAAUUAAGUGAAAUGCAAUUAGAAAAAAAUCAAAUUCUAGAUAAGGUCACAGAAACUGAGACAUACAAGAAAGCUAAAGAGAUUUUAUUGAAGUUUGCUCCUGAUCAGUUGAAAAUGACACCUUUGACCCCACAGCCACCUUAUAGAGUGUCACGACAGACAGACACACCUCAACGUUCUAAUGUAUCACAAAAUGUGACAUCCCCAAUGUCUGAUUCUGGGGAACUGAGGAGGAGAGUACUGACACCACAAAAUCAACCACUAAAUGUGCAAAGUGGUAUGCCCGCUAACACUGGCCUUGUCCCAGUUGGCAUAGCUCCCAUUCGAAAUACACCAGUUGCUGCUUUCCAGAGUAAUGUUAGACCAGUUGCUCCAGUUAUGGGUUAUCGAUCGCCAUUACCACGUCCGGUUUUACGUCGUGAAAGAAGUUAUUUAGAUCGCCUGAUUGACUACAUUGUGGGUGAUGGUCCAGCAAAUCGGUAUGCGCUAAUUUGUCGACAGUGCGAGUCACAUAAUGGAAUGGCGUUAAAAGAAGAAUUUGAAUAUUUUGGAUUCAAGUGUUGCUACUGCAACUCCUGGAAUCCUGCAAGAAAACAGAAAUUUUCUGCACCAAGAUUAGAUGUUGAUCUUACUCAUACACCAAGCCAUCACAGUUCAUCGUCGUCUAAUACACCUGAACAUGCGUUAACCACAAAUAUGAAACUUACACAAGUGGAAUCAUCGAGUCCAUCGGAUACAGAUUCUGAUAUCGAAGUAGUUGAAAGACCAACAGAAUCAGAAGAUAUUGAACAUACGACCCAGGAAACUAAAAACUGUGUAGAUGAACCUGAUGCGGCUGAAUCGGAAAAAGAAGCAAGCGAAACGAAUGAGAAAUGUGAAGAAACUGUUGAAAAAAUGGAUGUCGACGAGUCAUUCUCUUAA